CUCUUCCGCCUUGCUGUCCGUGAAACCCGAGCGACUUCCGCUUGCAGUGUCAAAUAUGGCCACGUCCAGACUAGAGACUAAUUUUAUCAGGUUAUUAUCGCGCUGUGAGUCCCUGGCUUCAGAGAGUAGAAAUGAGACAGAAUGGAGACUCGAGAAGUACGUUGGUGCUCUUGAGGAGAUGCUUGUUGCCCUUAAAAAGAGUCCCAGCAAACCAACAGCCGAAAUCCUGACGGACUAUCACCGCAAGGUGGACUUCCUCAAGGGUCUCUUAGAGGCAGACAAACUGCCAUCUCCAGCAGAGAAGUCUUUAGCCAAUCAGUUUCUGGCUCCUGGACGGAUGCCGACGAUGUCCAGCGAGAGAACGCCGGCCAGUAAGACGGUGCACAUUCAGAGCAAAGCGCGAUGUGCCGGAGAAAUGAGGAAGGAGCUGAUGAGCACCGGUUUAUCAUAUUCCGGUAAGUGUUAUAUUUUAGUAUUUAAAUGCUUCAUUUUAAGAAAUGAAAUGUCAUACGUGAAUCAUUGUUGUUGUUCUUCAUGGUCAGGUUCACUGGAGACAGAUCUCAGACACAGAAAGAGUAUUCCUGUAGAUGAGCAGCAGUCUGCGGCAGAGCUGGACGCUAUUCUGAAGCAUCAUAACAACCUGCAGGAGAAACUGGCCGAUGACAUGCUGAACCUCGCUCGCAACCUCAAGAACAACUCGCUCGCGGCCCAGAACAUCAUCAAGCAGGACAACCAGACUCUCACUCAGUCUGUGCGUCAGGCCGACAUGAACUUCGAGAAGCUGAAGACCGAGUCCGACCGUCUGGAACAACACGCCAAGAAAUCCGUCAACUGGUUCCUGUGGCUGAUGCUCAUCGUGGUCUCCUUCACCUUCAUCAGCAUGAUCCUCUUCAUCAGACUGUUCCCGCGACUCAGAUGAUCUUAAUCAUCAUCAGAUUUAUAUAGAACAACAGGUUUACAAAGACACUAGCAAGUAUUAAUAAAGAUGAUUGACAGGCUCGAUUAUUCAGUCAGUCAAUCCCGCAAACAUUACCCGGAUGCUAUUGUUGAUGUCAUAACGAAUUCGCGUCGAAUGACAUCUUAAACGAAUCCUAUUUUGUUUGAAUGUUCGUACGGUAAGUAGACUUUUGAACCAUAGACUCUUCGUCAGUCGUUUCCGUACGUAACUAAACGUUCCUAAUACUAAUUUUGAGACUGGCAUUUUU